AUGAGAGAAUUUUUUAGUUACAGACUACAAGACAGACCCAACCACUUUUCAUUGUUACUCAAUGCUCAAAAGCUAUUCCAACAGUUUGUGGUUGAUGCUUAUACAAUGAUAGAAUCUGCACGGUUAGCUUACAUAAAGACACAACAACCCAAACUUAGAAGUCAAACCUUUAAGAAUUUAAAUCAAAGUGUUCAAAGUGGAGAAAGCGAUGCGUCAAACUGUGGAAAACGAAUUUUGUUGCCUUCAUCAUUUACCGGCGGAUCGAGAUAUAUGAUGCAAAAGUACCUAGAUGCUAUGGCAAUCUGCAAAGCUAUAGGAUAUCCGGAUCUCUUCAUAACAGUCACCUGUAAUCCCAAUUGGCCUGAGAUUUAUAGAUGUUUAAAAGACAAACGGCUGAAUCCUCAAGACAGACCGGAUAUUAUCUCACGUGUGUUCAAAAUUAAAAUCAAUCACCUAAUUCAAGAUUUCAAGAAACAUAAAUUCUUUGGUGAGAUACAAGCAAUUAUUUAUACAAUCGAAUUUCAGAAACGUGGCCUACCUCAUGCUCAUAUAUGUUUGUUCUUAAGUGCCAAGAACAAGUUUCCAACUGCUAAAGAAAUUGAUUUGGCUAUUAGUGCUGAAAUACCUGACAAAGAGACGGAUUCUGAACUGUAUGAACUUGUCAAACAAUUUAUGAUGCACGGUCCUUGUGGUACAGACAACCCUCAUUGUCCAUGCAUGGUUAAUUUAAAAUGUUCAAAGAAGUUUCCCAAAAAGUAUGUAGAUGAGACUUGUGUUGAUUCUGAAGGAUAUCCUAUCCACCGUCGUCGUCAAACAUGUAACACUGUAGAAAAAAAUGGCGUGUUGCUUGACAAUAGGUUUGUAGUUCCAUACAAUGCUAUGUUACUCAAAAAGUAUCAGUGUCACAUAAAUGUUGAGUGGUGUAACCAAACAGGAUCCAUCAAAUAUUUGUUCAAAUACAUUAAUAAGGGUCCAAAUAGAGUGACAGCUUCUGUUUACCAAAGUACGACAACUGCUGGCAAGAACAAGGAAAAUGAGGAAAUGACCAAUAAUCAAAAUCCGUCAAACAAAACAGAAGUAGAUGAAGUUAAAGCACAUCUUGAUUGUAGAUAUGUUUCAGCAUGUGAAGCUGCUUGGAGAAUCUUCAAGUUUGACAUACACUAUCGACUUCCAUCUGUUGAAAUAUUGCCUUUUCAUUGCGAAGAUGGUCAGGCUAUUGUUUAUGACGAUAAUUCAAACUUGUGUGACGUGGUUAGUAACCCAACUGUGAAAAUGUCUAUGUUUACAGAAUGGAUGAAAUGUAACCAAAUGGAUGCAUUCGCUAGAACAUUGAAGUAUAUAGAGUUUCCAAGACACUUUGUAUGGAUACGUAAAGAACGAAAGUGGAUUCGUAGAAAAAGACCCUUUGGUGCCGUUGGUAGGAUACAUUAUGUACCUCCAUCACUUGGUGAUUGUUAUUUCUUGAGAAUUUUAUUGAAUCACGUUAUAGGACCAAUGAGUUUCGAUGAUAUAAAAACAGUUGAUGGAAAAAUUUAUCCUACCUUUAAAGAUGCGUGCCUCGCUCGCGGUCUGUUGGAUGAUGAUAAUGAGUAUAUAAUUGCCAUGGAGGAAGCAAGCACAUGGUCCACUUCUGAUUUCUUGCGUACAUUUUUUGCAAUGCUGUUGAUGUCAAAUUCCAUUUCUAGGCCUGGUCAUUUCUGGAGACAAACAAAAUCUCUGUUGUGUGAAGAUAUAUUAUACCAGCAACGGAAGGUUACUGGUAUUUCUGAUUUGGUUCUUCCAGAGGAAGAGAUUGAAAACAUUUGCCUAUCACAUAUUGAAAAAUUGUUACUUGCUUAUGGAAGUACGUUAAGCUGCUUUUCAGACAUGCCGAAUGUUCCUGGGAACUACAUUUCAGCAUUGAACAAUCAAAUGAUAAUGAAAGAACUUUCCUAUGAUCGGAGUAGCUUAAAAAAGGAACUUGCAUCUUUCUUAAAAUCUUUAACUGAUGAACAGCACAAAGUGUAUCAAACUGUCAUGAAUGCAGUUGCUAAAGGAAAUGGAGGUGUUUUUUUUCUAUAUGGUUACGGUGGAACUGGGAAAACAUUUCUAUGGAAAACAUUUGCAGCUGCGUUACGCUCCAAGGGUGAAAUUGUUUUGAAUGUUGCAUCCAGUAGUAUUGCAUCACUCCUAUUAGAUGGCGGUAGAACAGCUCAUUCCAGAUUUGUUAUUCCGAUAAACGUUAACGAGGAUUCUAUAUGUUCUAUAGAACCGAACAGUGAGCUAGGAGGCUUAAUAAAAGAAACUAAGAUGAUAAUUUGGGAUGAAGCGCCAAUGACACAUAAGCAUUGUUUUGAAGCUUUGGAUAGAACAAUGAGAGAUAUAGUCCGUUCCAAUAAUUCGUCCUUGCAGUCCAAGCCUUUUGGCGGAAAGAUAGUCCUUUUUGGCGGUGAUUUUAGACAAAUCCUUCCGGUCAUUCCAAAAGGUACUAGAAGCAUGAUUGUAAAUUCUUCAUUGAAUUUUUCUUAUAUAUGGCAUGAUUGUCAAUUACUCAAACUAACUCAAAACAUGAGGUUAAGAGUCGGUACAAAAGCAAGUAAUCUUCAGGAGAUCAAGGAAUUUGCUGAAUGGAUUUUACGCCUUGGUGAUGGUCUACUUGGUGAUCCAAAUGAUGGAGAUGUGGAGAUUGAAAUUCCAGAUGAUCUACUUAUAUUAGAUGAAGUCAAUCCUAUAUCUUCAUUGAUCUCAUUCACAUAUCCGGAUAUGCAAAACUUUAUGUGGGAUUCAAAUUACUUUCAACAAAGAGCCAUUCUUGCUCCCACAAAUGAUGUUGUUGAUUCAAUAAACACAGAACUGUUAAAUAGUAUCGUUGGUCAAGAGAAGAUAUAUCUACGUUCGGAUUCUUUAUGUGAUACUGAACAACAUUCCGACCUUGACAUGGCAUUGUUUCCUCCGGAUGUGCUAAACAAAAUGCAUUUGUCAGGAUUACCUAACCAUAAAUUGGUUCUUAAGGUUGGAGCUCCGGUAAUGUUACUUAGAAACAUUGAUCAAACAAAUGGUUUGUGUAACGGUACACGGCUUCAAGUAACAAAACUUGGAAAACUUGUAAUUGAAGCAAAGAUUAUUACCGGAACUAAUAUAGGUCACCAUACUUUGAUUUCAAGAUUGAAAAUGACACCAAGUGAUAAAAGAUUACCAGUGAAAAUUGCUCGAAGACAGUUCCCACUAUCCCUGUGCUUUGCAAUGACCAUCAACAAAAGCCAGGGACAAUCACUUGAACGUGUAGGACUAUAUCUUCCACGUCCGGUUUUUAGUCACGGGCAACUAUACGUAGCUGUAUCUCGAGUAAAGAGCAGGAGUGGUUUGAAGAUUUUGAUAUGUGACAGCGAAAAACAAGUAUCUAAAACCAAAACUAAUGUGGUCUACAAAGAAGUUCUACAAAAUCUGUAG